UAGAAGCGUGUGGACACGAAGAAAACAUAGCGUGAGGAUAAUGUUUGUUGCGAUUGUAUGGUGGAAGCCAAGAAAUGUUUCCCUGAUGUGGACGUUGGUGCAAGAUGGUUAGAGAGACUAGGCACCUCUGGGUCGGAAAUUUACCAAAUACCAUCCGCGAAGAACGUAUUCUGGAUCACUUUAAACGGUAUGGUAAAGUGCAGAGUGUGAAAAUCCUUCCCAAGAAAGAGGAAGACAGUGGAAUCUGUGCAACUGUAGCUUUUAUUGAUAUCAAGUCUGCAGCAAAAGCGCACAAUGCAGACAAUAAAAUUGAUGAUCGAACUUUAAAAACAGACUAUUACGAACCUCCAGCAUCCAGCACAGCAACUUCGGCCAUUUACAUCCACGAGAGAGAUGAUGCUUUAGUGCGGCCGGCACCUGCACCCUACACUGCCGGUCGCACACCCCGCUAUGGUCUUUCUGAAGAACGAAAUUAUGAAAGACCAGGUCAUUAUUAUGGCGAUCGUGAGCCCUACUUGAGAAGGCCCCUUGGUAUGGGCUAUCAUGAUGAAGAUAAUUAUCAAGGUAGAGCUAAAUCUCGAGACCGAUAUUCCAGGUCAGCAUCUGGUAAUUCUUACACAGAAGGCACAGAAAGGAAUCAAAAUCAUUUCCGUGCCCAUAAUGCUCGUCAGCAUUUUGAGCAGCAGAGGUAUCCUGUUGGUGACCAGUACAAUGAUGAAAGGGAUCCAGCAGCUACCACCCCAAGGCUAAAUAGGAGAGCUAAUAAUACUGCUUCUGCACCUGUUGUGGCAUCUGUAGCAUCUCCUACUACAGUAAGGAGUGAAAGCCGGCCAAGAAGGGCAAAACGAAGAUCACCAUCACGGACUCCUUCUGGAUCUAGGUCUAAUUCAGGCUCUCGGUCUAGGUCGCGGAGUUCAAGUGGCAGUAGGUCAUCUAGUUCCUCAUCAAAACUACGCAGUACUUCAAGUGAUAGCAGUGGGAGAUCACGUUCCCCUUCCAAAUCAAGAUCCCCUGCUGCUUCUUAUGGAAGUCAAAGCAAUGCUAAGGGUAGUCGGCUUGACAGGCCGUCAAGUGCCAUUGCUAAUCCCUCCAGCACAGUGUGUUAUUUGCCCUCUGCUGUGAACACAACUGCCAUAAACUGUACAUCUAAUAACACUCAAGGGUCGACGCCUUCACAAGGUUGUACUCUAGCAACAGUUGAAAAUAAUUGUGAAAAAGAAGAAAAGAGGCCUUUAGGAAUUUGUGUUAGAAACCUCCCUGUACGAUCUACAGAUACAAGUUUGAAAGAUGGCUUAUUUCAUGAGUAUAAAAAACAUGGGAAAGUCACUAUGGUUAAAGUUAUAGGACAAGGAACUGAUCGUUAUGCUGUUGUGUGUUUUAAAAAGCCAGAAGAUGUGGACAAAGCUUUGGAAGUCUCUAAGGAUAAGUUGUUUUUUGGUUGUAAAAUUGAAGUUACAGCCCAUGAAGGCCUAGAUGCUGAGGACAAUGAAUUUAGGCCUCUAGAAGCAGAAUUAGAUGAGUUUCAUCCAAAAGCAACACGGACGCUUUUUAUUGGAAAUCUGGAGAAAGAUAUUACAACUGCGGAAUUGCGGAAGCAUUUUGAGCAGUUUGGGGAAAUAAUAGAAAUUGACAUUAAAAAGCAAGGUGCUCAGACAUCCUAUGCAUUUAUCCAGUAUUCUGACAUUGCAAGUGUUGUGAAAGCUAUGAGGAAGUUGGAUGGUGAAAAUUUAGGUGCUAAUCGAAUAAAGUUGGGUUUUGGAAAAAGCAUGCCCACGAACUGUGUUUGGUUAGACGGCAUUGUGGAUACUGUAUCUGAUAAAUUUCUUGCUCGCCAUUUCAGUCGAUUUGGUAUUGUGGUCUACACAGCUGUAGAUCGUGAAAAAGGCCAUGCACUCAUUUUUUAUGAAUCUGUAGAAUUUGCCCAAAUUGCUGUUUCUGAAAUGAGGGGCAGGAUCCUUCAAGGCAAAAAACUACAGGUGGAUUUUGCUAGUCGUGAAUGCCAGACAACAUUUUUUGAAAAACUGGAAAUGACUGGCCAGUUGAUUCCUGGAGAUGGCGCUCGCCCUUGGGAAAGACGAGAGAGGAGAGGCCCUGAAUUUGAAGUCGUCCGCAACGAUGAUCGGGAAGCAAGGGUGGGUUUCGAUAAUCGUGUUUAUCCACGAUAUGAAGGCCAGCCAAGACCCAACAGAGGAAACUUCAGAGGAGGGCAGCGAGCUGGAUUUUCAUCAAGAGGUCGAGGACAAGGAUUUUCUGCUCGUUAUGAAGUCUACCAUGAGGAAUUUGGGGAGCGAAGGCAUCGGUACUCCAGAGAGGAUAGUGGAAGUGAAGCAACAAUGUUUGAUGGGAAAAUUGAGCGUGGAAAAUAUGUUGAAACUGCUGAUUGCCCUAAUCGUAAACGGAAUAAGUUAAGGAACAGCAUAAGUGAUCAAGAAAGUCAUCAUAGCCAAUCUCCACCUCGCUCUCGCCAUCAAAGUCGGAGCACCAGUCCUGUAUCUAAAGACAGAAAAUCUUUAAAAGACAGGUUACACCACCGCAUCAAGAGUCCUGGUAGUCAUAACUCCUCAGUUGUUAACAGUCCGUGUCGAGAUACCAUCUCUGAUGAAACAGACAUUAAUUCUGAUUAUAAGGAUUCUCGUCCUAAGAGCUUGGACAUUAAACAAGAUGAUGCUAUGGCAGAUAUCUCAUAUACAUCACCAAGAAGCAGUUCUGAGAAGGAUGGAUCUGAAAAACUGUCUUCAAAAAUCGAAUGCGAUUCUGUCAGGUCUCGUUCUUCAAUUGAUGCUGAAAGUGCUGAUGAAGCUGGUGUAACUAGUGAUCAGCUAAGUCAGUUAGAGAGGAAGAAGCGCCUCUUAGCAUCCUCUAGGCUAAAAGGGGGUAAAGAACUGAAUUUGCUAGUAACCAAAUCCAUAAUUGACAAAGCAAAAUUAAAAAUUACUCCUAGCCAUAACAAUACUGUGAAGUGUGCUAAAAUAACUUGUGUGUCUGAUGCUUCCAAUGAGGAAGGGAAGAAUGAUGCAGAGACUAUCAGCAUACAACAGGAUUGUUCAAAAGAUAAGCCCCACCCAAAUGAAAGUGCCAAUACAGACUUGAAAUACUUGCAGAAAAAGCAAGUUCACCUUUUACAUCUUUUAGAACAAUUGCGUGAAGGUGUUAAUUCAAGUGACAAUGAAGGCUCAGUUGAUGGCCGCAUUGCGAGUAAAAAGCAUCGGUCUUCUUCUAGUUGCCUGGAUACAGAGACAUUCAGUGAAAAUGAUAGUGGUAAAUCCUUAACCAAAGAUGAAUGUGGAACUAAGUUGUGCAAAAGUAGCAUAAAGGAUCCAGCAAUUUUCACUAAAGUUAAAAGUAAAACAGAUAGUGUUGAAAAUAAUAACUGUAUAUCCCUGUCAUUGGACUCCUUCAUUUUUCGAAAACAUUUAGAUCCACGGAAAAAUUUUGACCAACAUUCUGUGUCUGUAGCCUCUGUGAACUCGCUGCAGAAAUGCCGGCGGAUAUCUGUGGACAAUGAUACUUGUCUUCCCCAUGCACAAGAAGCCAGUGAUUCUUUUUUAUGUGUUUCGUCAUCAUUAGCAUCUGAUGUUUCUUGGAAAAAACAGUGUAAUUCUUUAAAUGAUAUUCAUUUUUCUGAAAAUGAUGCAGAUAGCUCAUUAUCAGUUCCCCAUUUUAAAAGUAAAGAAGAUAACAUGGAGGAUGACAUUUUGACAGCUAAAAAAUCCCUCCCAAAUUCUUCAUCUCUGUCACUUGAUUUACCAAAAGGUUUUAUUUCAUUACGUUCUUUUCCUGAUAAUAUUCCGUGUCAUGAGAUUAAAAGAGAAAGAGAUAUUAGUCCAUUAUCCCUUCCUCUUCCCAAAUUUGCUGCAUCUCUCAGAUCGCCAAAAUCAUCUCCUAGCAUAUUAACAUCACCAAAGAGUACAACAGCUCACAGUCCAAGAGCUGGGCUCUCUCCAAGUUCUUACGCAUCAAGUAAAACUGCUCGAAUUCCUGAUUUACUUCAUGAUAUUCAAAAUGAGAAGAAGUUUAAAGAAAUUGUACCUGAUGAAAAAGUUAAUGGUGCUAAUAUUUCACCUGCAGAUUCAGUAUCACAUUUUGAAUCUCAAAUUGUGAAUGAAUCAUCUGAGUGUGCUUCAAAUUUGGAGCCAAUACAGUCUCCUAGAAGUAUAUGUGAAAAAAUUAAAGAAUCAAUUAGUUCCUCAGAAUCAGAAUUUUCCCCAUCGUCAUCACCAAACCGUCCAUCUAUUGAAGACCGUAUAAAAGCAUUAGAUGAAAAGUUUAAUGCUUGGUCUGGGUCUACUAGAACUUCUUCUGCAACUGUGCCAGAUACAGUACCUGCUGCGGUAGUUGAUGUUCCAAAAUGUCCCACUAAAAGAUCUAGGUUUAAUUUUCUUACAUCUGAAAUUCGCAGUGAACCUUCAGAAAUAGUGAAAUCUUUGCUUGCUCGGUCUACCAUAUUUGACCAAGAUUCUAAGCGAUUACAGCAUAUUGAUGAAAAAUAUGAACCUUUAAAUGUUAAGGUGGAUGUUUCUCCAAAAAUUAAGCCAGCUUUUAGAACAAAAGCGGCUGCAAAAGAGUUCUCAACACCAAUAGCUCCAUCUAUACAAAACUUCAGCCAACCAUUAUUAGUGAAAUCUCCUGCAUCAGUGUUAGUUGCCCAGGGAAUUAUGUCUCCACCAGCAACACCUCAAAGUGCAACGGGCAGCAUAUUAUCUCCAAUUACACCACCUGUUGUACAGUAUACCCAGUUAACCCCUCAAGUAUAUACUCCAUGCUCACCCCAUGCUACAUCUUUUGCCUUGCAAUCAAAUGCGUUAAAAACAAUAGAUAAUCUAUCUAAUUCACAUGAUAAAGAUUUGAAUGACUCUAUGUAUAAACCAGUUCAAGUUUUUAAUUCCCUGAAAGCUAAAAUAGAACCUGGCUUUCAUACAAAUUCUUCUGCCCUUGCUACAUCCCUUAAAAGUAAUCCUCUCCCUUGUCCUGUUGAAAUACCCACACAUGGAAUGAGUGUAAGUUCACCACCCAAUAUUAAAAAAGAACCUUCAUCUCCCACUGACAAUGUUACAGAAAUAGCCUGCAAGGCUGAGGUGGAAAAUAAAGUUUCCAUUAAGAAAGAAAUGCCUCUUUUAAAUUCUGUGAGCAUUCCAUCAAGAAAAGAAUGUGCAUUAACUUUAGGAAAGGACCAUUCUCACUUUAAUUCUUUUGAUCACGAUAAAAAGGAAUUUUGUGAUUCAAAAGAUCCACGGUUAGCUUUUCAUGAAGGGGCUAGCCAGUGGAGAGAGAGUGGUUGCAAAGAUGACAAAAAAGUUCAUGUUGAUAAUAGUGCCAAAUCAUUUGUUGUUGCUGUGUCUAGUUCGGACAUUUCAGAAAACUCUGUAACACCUGCUGUAAAAAAACGGGUGUCUUCUAUUGAUAGUAAUGAAUCUGAUUCUUGUAAGUCUUUAAAAUCAUUUGAAUCCAGUAGAGAUGGCCAAGAAAAUUGUUCAAAGCAUGACAAAACAUCUGAACCUGAAGCUAAGAAACCUAAACUUAGCAAAAGUGUCAGAGAUCGAUCUGGAUCUCCUCCUGUUCAGCAAAGUGUAAGGAAGAAUGAAAAGAAAGACAAGUGUUCAAAAAAUGAAAAAAGUAAAACUUCUAUUUCAAAACCAAACACAGUAAAUAAUUCAGAGAAAACAAAACAUGAAUCAAAAAGUAACAGUAGAACUGAAUUCAAAGAAAAAACAAAAUCAGAUCACAAAAGUAAAGAAGAAAAACAUUCAAAAUCUCAUGACUCUAAAGAUUCCUCUUCUAAAAAUGAUCAAAGAAAUAAGUCAAGAGAAAGACGCAAUUCUGAAAAAUAUACAAAGAGCGGACAUUCAAAUAACCCAUCUAAUAAACCGAAAAAGGAUUCUACUGCAAAUAAAAAUGAAAAAGCUAGUGACAAGAAACAGACAGAAAAGAAAUCUAGAACUAAAUCUUCAAAUCAUGAUAUUCCACCUUCAUUGGAGGAAGAGCCAGUAUAUUUUUCUAUGUAUGAUAAAGUAAAAGCACGUUCUAGUAAAAGUGCUCUAGUAAAGAAAACAACUGGCCAAGAUACUGUUCUCAGACAAUCAUUAAAUAAGUUAAAACAGAGCCGUGCUAAACGUGGGGGGAAAACAAAAUCAAUUGAUCAAGACAGAGAUUCAGACAAUGAGAGAGAGUCGGACAAUGAUAGCCACACAGGUGGUGAAUCUGAUUCCGAAGCAAAACCAUCAAAAGUGAAACAACAUCGUAAAAGGAAAGCAGCAGUACUAACAGAUUCAGAUGACGAAUUAACUCAAAAUGACUCUAAUAAUAAACCUAAUAAAACUGAGAAAACCUUUAACAAUGAUUCAGCUGUUGAUUCUGAUUUUGAGUGCAAUUUGCCCUCAAGGCAGUCUAGUGUCAAUAAAAAUCGAAAAAAGAAAUCUGAUGUUAUUGAGUCUGAUAGUUCUGAUGAUUCUGAUUCACCAUACAUUUUAAAAUCUCAGAAAAAUCGCAGAAAGAAGUCUCAAAGUCGAAUAAAAUCACACCUUGAAAAGAGUAAAAGAAUUUUGAAAUUUGAUGACGAAACAUCUGAUAUGGAUAUACCAGCUAAACCUAAAGAAAAAGAUACCAAACCUAAAAAAGUGAAAAAAGAGAAAGUACCAGAAGCAAAAAUGGAGUUGGAGGUUUCUGAAUGUGAAGCUCCUAAAAGAAUUGCAGAAGAGUGUAGAAUAUCUAAGAAGAAAUGUUUUAAAGAAGUGAAACAAGAAAGCGAUUCUUCAUCUCAGAAAAAAGUUAAAAUUGACCAUGCUGUAAAGGAAAAUACUGUUUCAUCAAAAGAUAGAAAAAUUGACAGUAGUACGGAAAAGAUGCAAGAAAAUAGUGAAAAACAUAAACCAUACAGUAAGAAAAGGAAAAAAUCCAAGAAACUAUCUAGAAACAAAGAGAAAAGAAGUUCUGAAAAAAUGGCACAAGAUUCAAAACAAGAUGAAUGUGAUUCUAAAUCUUCUCUUCCUGUGCUUCAGCCACCCAAACCAUCUAGUCCUUUACCUGACAAGCAGUUAUCUCCACCUUGUCUACAUGCUGGUGUUCUAUCAGAUAAUGAUUUUAAAUCUGAUUUCUCAGAUUUUGAAUUUGAACCUCGACAGAAUAAUGAUAUGGACUCAGACUUGUGGAAACCUGAUGUGAAAUCUGAUUCUGAGAAAUCUUCAAAAAGUAAGAGAAAGGAUUCUGCUGGAAAAGUACAAAUGGCUGUCAUUCCAUCACCUGAGCAAGAUUCAAGUUUACCAUCAUUUUUUGAUAAGCUAGAAGAUAUCACUGAUUCUGAAGCAGGUAGAGAACCAACUGAUUGCACGAGUGAUGUUCCAUGUGAUAUCCAUCUUCCAUUUCCUAAAGAAAAAGAUGCAUAUAUGAGCUCAUCACCCCAUAAAACAAAGCAUGAAAAGCAUGAUGAUGAAAUUUGUACAAAAUCUGAAGGUAAUAAAUAUAGUGAUACUUACAGUAAUUCUUCCAAAGAAGAAAGAAGGAAGAAAAAGUCCAAAAAACAAUGUAAGGAACGCAAGAAAAAAGUGCGUGAAGAUAUUUCUUCUCCUUCGAAGAAAUCAAUAUCAGGUUCAGCCUCUGUUUCACCUCCAAAAGCAAUAAUUUUUGAAAACCCUCCAGGGGAUGAUGACAGUCAACUUUCUGUGCUUCGUUUAGAUGAAGAAAUUGCAGAAGAAGCCAGGCGUCUUGAGCAAGGACUUUUGGCAGAAUCUGAAGAAACAAGUACUUUUGGUGAUGAUGGACCUGCUAAACGAGAAGAAAAACUACUUGAGAGGAGAUUUGAAGAAGAAGCUGCAAAAGAAACCCGGAGACUAGAAGCAGAACUUUUUUCAACCGGCAGAGAUUCAUGGCAUAUGAAAGAAAAGGAGUAUGAUUCUGAAGCUAAUUCUGGGGAAGUAGGUGAAGAUAAACAUGGCAGUGAACUAGAUGUUAUUGCAGGAAAAGAGGAAAAUAUUUUUGCAGGAUUGGACAUACAUUCUUCUAUUGUAGAAUCUUCUCAGAAUGAUGGUGAUGUUUUUUUAUCAGGUCAUUCUGAAUCAGAUCAUUAUAAACUAGAUGAUAAAGAUGUUGCCAAUGAAAUGGAAGAUCAAAGAAAAAUAGAAGAUGACCUUGCAGUAUCAGCUUUGUUGCAAGAAAUGCACUGUGGAGAAAUAUCUGCUCCUGAAUUGACUAAAGAAACUGACUACCUGGAGCCUUUAAUUGAAACUCAUCCUGAAGAAACAAUGAAUUACUUGCUUCCUGAUGAUGGAGAAAAUUCUCUUCACAUUGCAGAUAGUCCUGCAGAAGCUCAAGGAGUUGAAGGUCCAGAGGAAAAAUUGGAAGCAUCUAUCAUGUUAUUAUCACCCUCCUCAAAUUCAGAACCACCAUCAUUAGAAAUUUCUAAUGUGGAGGAUUCAGUUUUAAUGAAAAUAGAAAAUAUGAACCAAGCUUGCCAUACUGAAACUCUAAAGUUGGAGCCAGCCAAUGAUGAUGUUAAUCGUGAAUCUAAAAAUAUCGUUUGUUAUGAGUUUCGGGAAGAAACAAGCCUUGAAUUAUGUGAAAGUAAACCUCCUGUGAUUGAUAUACCAACUGUUCCAGAGCCCUUGGAGCAAGUGAAUGAAACACUUUCUCCAAAGCUUGAUGUUACCAAGAUUCACAAAAAGAAUAUCAAGGAUAAACAUUUCAGAACACCUCUAAAAAAUGAUAACAGUCAGAGUAAUGAAGAUACUGAUGAAUCAGGCUCGGAACUUGCUGAAAAUCAGUUGACUCAUUUUGAAGACAUAACAAUGGACACUACAGAUAGCAAAGAUGAUGACAAUCCUCCUAUUCUUUUACCUGUCGAAUCGCCUCGUAGCCAUCUUCCUGUGACAGAAUCAAAAGAAAAAUCAGAAUAUCUGGAAAAGAUUGCAACUGAGGAAAAUCAGAAUCUUGAUAACAUUAUUAACAAGACACCGGUAUCAUGUGAAAGUCUUAAUUUUGACAAAGUAGCUGACUUAGACAAGGAAAUCGAUGAUAUCCUUGACAGUAUUACAGAAACAAAGAAGCAGAAUCCUGAAAAUGAUUCUUUCCGAAUACCUGAUUCUCACGAACGUUGUCUUUUGCCGAUGAAUGUAUCUAAUUUGUCUGAUCAAAAUAGUAUUGAUGCCAUUGAAAUUAAUAAUUGUACAAUGUUUGAAAGUAGUAAACCUGAAUUACAAAUGACAUGUGAUAACAUCAGUGCAUCAGGAAUUUUAAAAUCACUUAGCCACACUGAUAAUGUCUGUAAUACUAAUUAUUCUGAAGAAAUUAGUCAUAAACUCAGCUCUUCAGAAACUGCAAAUAAAGAUGCUCUUGAGCCUCCUAUUCUUAGUUAUUCUGCAGUCUUAAAUUCAAGUUGUGAAACAAAUAUUAUUCCAGCUUCCCAAAAAUCUCAUGACGAUAAUGAAACUAUUUUGAUUUCAGAUAAGCAAACUUUGGAACCUUUUGUUGAGAAUGUUAAUACUGGUAAUAUCCAAGAAGAAAAUCAGGGAUCUUCUGACUUCUUAUUAGAACUUUUUGGACCCAAAACUGAAGACAAUGAUAAAACUGAAAGUGAUACUUCAGCAGAAAAUCUCAAGAGUGGUAGCAUAUAUGACUUCAAUUUAGAAUCCAAAAGCUCUAAAACUUAUGAUUCUGAUGUAUGUGAGUUUAACUCAGAGUCAAAAAAUAAAAACCACGAUUCUGAUAGUUCAGCACUGGAAAUAAAUUUGCCAAGUGAAAUCACACCUUUAUUUGAAAUACCAGAAGUAAAUGAGCAAAAUGAAGCUACUGAAUUUAAUCAAGAAAUAUUUGAACAUCCCACAGAUCCAGUCAAAGAACCAAAGUUGCCUCGUUUACUAACUUUCAGUUCAGAACAAUUAUUUACCGACAAUACAGCUAGUAAGGCUACAGACAAUUCAGAUAUUAAUAAUGAAGAUUCAUGCUAUAAAUCUGAAAAUACAAAUGUUGAAUUUAAAUUAGGUGAUGUAAAAUCUGAACAAGAGCUAACUGUUGCAUCUGAAGAUGUAGAUUUAGGUGAGAAGACAGUUUUUUCAAAAUCUGAGGAUAGAAGUAUUGAUAAUUUGAAGGAAGAAUCAUUAAAUAUUGAUGAUAGCUUAGAGAAAUCAAAACUUGGAGAUGCAGAGUCUGUUUGUAGUGAUACUACAGAUAUAACUGUUCCAGAAACAAAAAUUGAACCUGAAAUAAGCCAGCCAACUUUAAAUGAAGAACAAGUGCAGGAAGAACUUUGUCCAGUUGAAAAUGUAGUCACAGUGUCAAAAGCAAAAUCUGAAAGACCGCGAAGGGGUCGUAGACCCAAGACAAGAAAAUAUGUAAAAGCAACUGCUCAAAAGCAGGAAACUCAUCAUGAUGUUCCUGUUAAUCCAUCUCAGGGAAGGAGCACAGGCCGACGUAUGCGGCCUGUGUCUUCUGAAAGAACAAGACGUUCCCUUAGAAGUGAUACAUCUGAUUCGAUGGCAUUAAAAGAACUUUAUGAAAGCAAACAAAAUGGUGUUGAUGAAAUUACUCAGUCUGAAAAUGAAGAGGGGAAAAAAGACAUUACAGAAAUAACUAUUGAUGAUUCUACAGCACCUCAAAAGGAUAGUUUAAUCUUAUCACCCCAUGGAGAAAAUGAUGCUAAAGUUUCUGUGCCUCAAACACUAAAGAAUGAAGAGCCAAGAAAAAGAAGAGGAAGAAAGAAGAAAACAUCUGGUGACCAUCAAGCUCCUCAAUUGAAUGAAAAAUCUGAAUCUAGAUUAGAAGAACCUGAUAUUUCUAAAGAUUUCAACCGACCUAAAGAGUCUCGGCUUUGGCAGUCAUUAUCAUCAGAUAAGGAGCAAAAAUCCUCAAAAGAUAAUACUUCUAGUGCUUAUGAUGUAUUUGAAUUUCGGGAGGAAGAUGAAGAUCUUACAUUUGAAAGUGGGAGACUUCAUGAUAAUGCUAGAGCCAAUACUACCUCUACUGACCAAAAACAUGAUAGUAAAAUAUCAGAAGUUCCUGUUGAAAAAGAGAAAAAAGUUGAAGAACCUAAAGUAAAAUCCUCACCCAGUGAGGAUCGAGAACAUGGUAAAGAACAUCAUGCAGAAGUGAAUCAACACAAGAAGAUAUCAAUUACAAUAAGAUUACAUCAGAAGGAUGGCCACAAUGGUUCUUCUCCAGGUACUGCUGAAGUUGUAAAGACUUCAGAAGCUUUGAAUAUUGAAGAAGUGAAACCAGAACCACCAGCUAAAAUUGAAAAAAGUACAUCAUCUAAACAAGAAGUGUCAACAUCUGACAUUCCAUAUAAUGGGCCUUGUAAAUCAACUAGAAAAUCUACUCGACUCAUGAAUCAGGCUAUGAGGUCUACUGUAGAUGAAGUUAUUGAAGAGGUUGUAAAGGGUAAUUUUAAAGCAAGUAACAGUUCUCAUUCUGAACCAGUGCCAACUCGUGUUACUAGACGAUCUAGAUCAAGUCGUCGCAGUGAAGAAAGUUUGUCUUUAGUGCCAUCAGAAAAUUCUGAAGAUACUUUAGAUGAUAAAAAUAAAAAUGAUCCUGUCUUUUUCAUCUUAGAUAACACAGUGAAAGAUAUUUCAGAUGGGAAAAAGAAUGUCUCAAACCAUCCACCAGAAAUUACACCUUCUACCACAGAUGUACGAAAUUCUGAAUCUGAUAAAAUUUCUGAUCGCACAGCUUCUCUAAGAUCGUACCGUUUUAACCGUGGUAAUUCCAGCAAAUUGGAACAAUCUAACAAAGAGUCUGUGAUUUCUCCCAAUUCAACUGCUAAUGAGCAGGAAUCUCAAAAGAAAGAAAACUCUUCUAAUAAUUCAUCUGAGGAAAAGUUUGACAGUUUGCACGCUAAAGAUUCUAAAGAAAGUAAGGAAGCUGCUAAAGAAUCAAGGUCUGUGCCUGAAAAUUUAGCAGUGUAUCGUUCACCUUUACCUGUACUUAAGGUUGAGAUACCCAGAAUGAAUCUUGAAGGCACUAAAGAUUUAUUUCCUAAACCAGAAAAUGAAGAAGAUAGUAAUUCUCGAUCUAGUCCUGCUGUUCUUAUAGAUCCUGUUACAGGUAUUCUUGUACCGGUUGAUAAAAGCGAGUCAUAUUCUGAAGCUUCUAAUACCUUUUCUCUCACAGAGAGUAAAGGAACAAAUAACAUAUUAGUGUCUGACUUAUCAAGCGUAUGUAGUUCCAUUCUUAAGAAUGUUUCUAAACCAGUUCCUGUUGUUGAAACAUCAACAAUUUCAUCUGUUAUUCAAGAUAGUUCAAAAAGUAACCAGACUACUGCAAAUGAGAAAUCAACAGUUGGAAGAGCACCUUUGGUACAAAGUUUAAGGCCUAGACAUUUGCCAAGUAGUAGUCAGAAUCCUGUUACUGUUACUACAUCAUUACCAUCAGUAUCUGAGCCUUGCACGAAAUUGCCAGUAUCAACUGAAAAAAGUACGGAAAGUAUGAAAUUACGUAGUAAAAAACCAUCUUCUAAUGCCAUUGGUGUAUUAACAUUAGCAAAUUCAGCAGUUCCCAGUGGUGCUUCUCUAACAGUGGUUUCUGGAACUCCUGCCACUGUUGCUCUGACUGAUUCUGUUUCAACAAAUUUAGUGAGUUCAGUGGUUUCUCAGGCACAGUCUCCUGUAAUUACAGCCCAUGAAACUGUUGCAAAUUCAGCUACAACGACAGCAGUGUUAUCACAUGACAAAACUGAAAGUGUAGAAAAUUCUGUAUCGAAAGUCUCUCAUCCAGUGCACAGUAAUCAAUCUGCUGUCAGAGCUAUUGUGACUGCUGUUGUGACUCCUACUUCUGUGGGACAUUCAACACCCUUGCCUUCAAAUGUACAAAAUAAGUGCUCAGUUGCAGCUGUUACUUCUUCUGUUGUCUUAAAUAAAUCAGAGCUUCCUGUUGUGUACAGUACUGCCAGUAUCCCACCUACAUCUGUAACUGAACACAUUUCCAGUAGUAGCUGUAAACCAAUCGCAUUAAUUGCACCAUUGUCUUCUGAACAUUCCACUAUUCAAACUGUAAAGCAGGAACUGCAUUCUGUCUCUUCAGUUUCUAUGCCCACUUCUUCCUGGUCUGGUUCUAAAGUAUCAACUUGUAGAAUAACAGAUGCACACGUCAGCACAAUUCAGACAAAUACCACUUCUAAUCCAGUUUUUACAACUAAAUCAGAAACAAGAUCAUCAAAAGUUUCUCAUGCAGUGAAAAGUAAUUCUGCAUAUACUCAGCAACCUGCAUUUCCCAUCUCCAGCUACGAAGCAUCUGUGCUUUCAGCUGCACAUGGUAUUGGAGCUACAUCUAAUAAUGGUGGAGGUGUUAUUGCUGAAUUACUUCAGAAUCCCCGUCUCUUGCAGCAGCAUAAAGAAUAUUUUGCUGCUUCUAAUGGUCAACUUCAAGAAAGAAUACAAAGCCAAAUGGUUCGCCCAACAACUCCUGUUGCAUCUAGUAUUCCUCCCGACAUUGCUACUCGGCUUGGGAAUCCAACUCCUCCUCAUACUCCUACACCUCCUGUUACUUCUUCAAAUCAUUCACUACCUCCUUCAGAAAUUCAUCCUUCCCACGUUAGUUCUGCACUUCAUCUACGACAUCCAGCACAGCCAGCUCAUAUGGUUCCAUUAGGACUUCAUUCAGAUAUAGCUUAUGUUCAUCAGCAAAUGAUGUAUGCUCAUCCAUAUGCAGCAGCUAUUCAUUCUGAUCUUAGAGCUCAGCAAGAAGCACAGGCAAGAGCUGCUAUUAGUAUGAAUCCUCGCUUUGCAUAUCCUCCCUUACCUCCUAUUGCUGUUGCUGCAAAUAGCUUCCGGCAACCGUCAGAACCUCGGCAUCAACCAUCUGUGAUGGAUGCAAAAUCUGAACAAAAAGUGAUAAAUGAUUUAUCUAAAAUAAUGCAUGAAAGAGCAUCUGAAGAAAAAGUUAAGCAAGUUCGCAUUAAAAAAGAAGAAAAAGAAUUAAAAGUCAUUCACUCUGAAAGCAGAGAAGACCAUGAAAGUAGUCGUCAUGUUCCUACUCACGAAAAAAUCCCUUGUACUUCCACAGUUACACCCCACAGUGUCACUUGAGCAGCUUGCAGGCAGCAGCAACAUGCACAUUAUUCUUCAUCUAUACGACAGCUAAGUCCACGGCUUGCUGUGUCACCUCAUGAUCGUGAGCGUAUAACUGAUUCUCCUGUGAUUGCCAAUUUAUAUACUGGUGGCCAAGGUAGGGUUCCCCCAAUUUCCAUUACUGGGCAACUGGACGAUCAUAAAUCUGAGAGUAACUUAGGGUCACUUUCAGCACAUCAUUACAAAAGUGAUCCAGAAAGCAUUAGGCCACCAGUUGCUCAUCAGACACAGCCUUCUACUAUUCCAUAUCAUACGCUUGAUCCUGUUUCUCAUCCUACAUCUAGACAGCAAAUGCUUGGUGUUCUUCAGAUUGGUUCUGCAGCACCUGGACACUUGGAUGGUAGAACUUCCAAUCCUGCACAUUCUCCUAGUUCACAUGCAUACAAAAAAGAAUCUAAUCAUUCCCAGUUGGUAUCAUUGCAUAAUCCUGCCACUGAAAAACGAGUUAAUCCUGAUCAUUCUAAAAAAGUAGUGCAUGCUAGGACACUAAGCCAUCAGGGAUCCUCUACAUCUCCAGGACCUGUGGGUCUUGGGCCUGCACAUUCGCCAGUGCCAUGGCCAGCUGUUAUUCAGUCUCACAACUCGCAUUCUUCACUUGCUCAGUCUUCUCAUGUUAUGAUGCCAUCUGCUGAACCAUCAAAUAGACGAAUAAGUUCUCACCCUACAUCCCAAAUAGGAUCAGAUGUUCCAAGUCAUGUCCCACCUCCUGCUCAUGCAAUGUCUCAACCAGCAAGUGUUCCUCGAACAUCACAGACACCACCACAUGCAGGACAAGUAUCUGGUCAUGCGGAUGCUUUCAUUUUACAACGUUAUCCUGUUAUGUGGCAAGGAUUGUUGGCCCUAAAAAAUGAUCAAGCUGCUGUACAAAUGCAUUUCGUCUCAGGAAAUCCAAAUAUUGCAAGGGCCUCUCUUCCUCCAAUUGUUGAUGGGGAACCAUCACCAGUUAGGAUAGCACAAAGAAUGAGGCUAGAGACAAGUCAGUUAGAUGGUGUGAACAGAAAAAUACAGGUAAUGAAUGAGCAUUGUGUUCUCAUGGCCUUGCCCUGUGGAAAAGAUCACAGAGAUGUCGUGCAGCAAUCAAAUAAUCUAAAGUAUGGCUUUAUUAACUACCUUCAGUGCAAGCUGGCUGCGGGAAUAGUAAAUGCUGCUGCUCCUGGUUCUCAGCAGCCUGCGUAUGUCAUCCACAUUUUUCCAUCAUGUGACUUCACAGAAAAUCAUCUGUCAAGGAUAGCACCGGACUUGUUACACAUCAUAAGUGAUAUUACCCAUCUGGUGAUUAUUAUAGCAACUGUUUGAAUAAGAAAAAGAUUUUAAUUGUGUCAGGUUUUAUGCUGUUAAUAUCUGCUGCUGUAUAGUAGCAGAAUAACUUCCAAGUAUCCGGCCCAGGCCGAAGCUGGGCAUGAAGCCCCCACUGUGGGCUGAGAAGUUGUGAUCUCUCUCAUGGAGCACUGGCUCAUUUACCAGCACGUGUUUGAAUGUUUCCCAUGUGAUCUUUCUGACAUAACAUGUACCAAAUGUUUUAUCCAAAUGAUUUAAAGGCUAAUUUUCAAAGCUUUAACCAUAUAUGUUUUCUCGAAUAAUAUUUUAAUCUACUUAUGUUUUUAUAAGUGCAUUUUUGUUUAUAGCUCUUGCUAUUCUUAAGAAUUCAAAUCCUUUUUUUACAUUGAAAAUGUCAUUCAUUUUAAAAGCACAAAAUAUAUACAUAUGCUCAAAGAAAAUUUGAAAAAAAAAAUAUUGCCAUGCAUUUAUGGUUUGUACUUGUCAGAUUCAAUGGGAACUGUAAUUUUAUGGAGGUCUUACUGUAUGCAAAUACUAGAUGCUCAAAGCAGUUUAUAAAAAUGUUCAGACUUUACUCUUACUGUUCUUCAUAAUUGGAAAAAUUAUGUAUGAACCUGGCAUAAAAAGAAAUGUUGUACAAAGCCUAUCAAAAAGCAUCUGUGCGCCACCUGUAUUUAAUUUCAUAUUACAGGAACUGUUUUGUUAUAUAUGUGUUUAAUGAAAGUAAAUUAGGUCCAUUCUCUGUACAGUACCAUUUGUUCAUCAGUGUUCUUCUCCGUGGCUCCCAGUCAUAAUGUAAAAAGAAUCAUUUGUUACAUAUUUUCAUCAACUACAGAAGGUCACUUUAAGGGGUAAUUGACCCAUUAUUGAGUUUUGUUGUCGUUCAUGGGGCCAUACGGUUGUAAAUUUUGUAUAUAAAUAUAUGUUUUAGUGAUUGUACAUUCUUAAAAAAAAGAAAAAAAAACUAUAAACCCCCAUAGGGCUAUUAGUGAUAUGGACUUAAUUACUGCCCAGAUGAUUGCUUUCAAAGUAAAAUCAUAUACAAUUGUACAUGAGUUAGCCUGCCCAAAUGUAAUAAAUUUCCCUUAUCAUGUGUAAGAUAUCUAUACAUAUUUGCAUAUAAAUAUAUAAAUAUAAAUACAUAUAUAUAUAUAAAUAUAUAUAUAUAUAUAUAUAUAUAUAUAUAAAUAUAAAAUGAAAAACUGUGUUGCUCUUCACUGCUUCACCUUAAAAAAAAAUUGAGCUUAAUGAAUGUAUGGGCUAAGGAUAAGACAGUCCCUGUAAUAAGCAGAAUGCAGGGAAGGCAACAUGUAAAAACUGUAAAUUUUGUUUUUGUUUUGUUUUCCAUUUUGUACAGGCACAGGUUUAUGACGUCGAGAGACAGAUGAUUGUAGAGUGGCGUCUUUUCAUUGCAUCUGUUUCCCAUAUUUGCUCAAAGGCCAUCACUGCAAAGAGUACCAGCAGAUAUUUUCACUUCUUUCAUUGUGAUUUCCACCAAGUUCAGCUGCUCUAUUUUUGAUGUGAAAAUUUCUCAAGUGUCUAUAUUUUGUGUCUUUGCAGCCCAGUUAUUGUAUAUAUUCCAAAGGGGCUGCUUUGAUUAAAAUUGUUUUUCUGCUGAAGCACUCGAAACAGUGAGUUAAGUUAUUCGUAAAGUCAGUAAACAGCUAUCACAUUAAAA